GCUUUUCUGCCUUCGUACAACGGUCUAUUGCAACAAAAUGGCUCCCGCUUCCCACAUUGUCGGUUACAGCCGGAUCGGCGCUAAGCGCGAGCUGAAAUUCGCACAGGAGGCGUACUGGAACAAGAAGACCAGCGCCGCAGAUCUGGAGAAGACUGGGAAGGAGCUCAGGCUUGCUCUGUGGAAACAGCUGAAGGAUCAGGGGUUGGAUCUGAUCCCCAGCAACACCUUCACCUUCUACGAUCAUGUGUUGGAUGUCACAUGCAUGGUCGGUGCUUUGCCAGAGCGUUAUGGCUGGACCAACGGCGAGGUGGAUCUGGAUACAUUCUUUGCCAUGGCGAGAGGGAAUGCGCAGCAGCCAGCGAUGGAGAUGACGAAGUGGUUCGAUACAAACUACCACUACAUUGUGCCGGAGCUGGCUCCUACCACCAAGUUUGCACUCUCCUCCACCAAAGCCAUCAGGGAGUACCUUGAGGCCAGGGAGAUCGGCAUUGACACCCUCCCCGUUCUAGUCGGGCCCGUCACCUACCUGCUGCUGUCCAAGGCGUCCAAGGACGCACCAAAGGCGUUUGACCGCCUGUCUUUGCUGCCGGCCCUUCUCAAGGUCUAUCAGGAAGUAGCGUCCGAGCUCCAGAAGGCAGGUGCCCAGUGGAUCCAGUUCGACGAGCCCAUCCUAGUUACGGACGUCGACGCCCCGGUGCUGGACGCCCUCAAGACGGCAUAUGCCGCGAUCGGAGCGGCCCUGGCGGGCGGCAAGACCCAGAUUCUCAUCGAAACCUACUUCGACUCGGUUAACGAAAAUGCGUUCCAAACCCUGGUUAACAUCCCGGAGGUUUCGGCAGUUGGCAUCGACCUGCAGCAGAAGCCGCGCAACCUUGAAACGCUGCGCAAGCACGGGCUGCCAGCUGGCAAGACCCUAUUCGCCGGUGUCGUGGACGGGCGCAACGUGUGGGCCAACGACCUGAAUGCGUCGCUCGAGGUGCUGCAGGAGUUGGAGGCCAAGAUCGGGAAAGGAAACGUGGUCGUGUCCACGUCCUGCUCUCUCCUCCACACCCCGGUCGACCUCGACGAGGAGACCGCGCUCGACGCCGAGCUCCGGUCGUGGCUCGCGUUCGCGAAGCAGAAGGUGUCCGAAGUGGUAGUGCUCUCGGACGCUUUGGCCGGCAACAAAGAUGUCCAAAAGUUUGGCGACAACGGCAAGGUGCUGGCCGGUCGGCGCGCCUCGGAGCGCGUGGUGAAUGAGAACGUGCGCAAGGCGGUUUCGGCUCUCACCGAGAACGACGGCCGCCGCGCAACUCCGGUCAAGGAGCGUCUCGCGGCGCAGCAGGCGGUGCUGAAGCUGCCUCUGCUUCCCACCACGACGAUCGGGUCCUUUCCGCAGACGCCCGAGAUCCGCCGGGUGCGCCGGGAGGUGAAGAGCGGAAAGAUCUCGGAGGCGGACUACACGACGGCGAUCAAGGCCGAGAUCGAGAAGGUGAUCCGUCUGCAGGAGGAGCUGGGCCUCGACGUGCUCGUGCACGGGGAGCCGGAGCGUAACGACAUGGUCGAGUACUUUGGCGAGCAGCUCCGCGGCUUCGCCUUCACGCUCAACGGCUGGGUGCAGUCGUACGGCUCCCGCUGCGUCAAGCCGCCCAUCAUCUUCGGUGACGUCAGCAGGCCGAGCGCGAUGACGUCAGCGUGGUCCGCGUACGCGCAGAGCCUGACGUCGGCGCCCGUGAAGGGCAUGCUGACGGGGCCGGUGACGGUGCUCAACUGGUCCUUUGUGCGCGACGACCAGCCCAGGUCCGAGACGUGCCUCCAGCUGGCGCUCGCGAUCCGCGACGAGGUGCUGGAUCUAGAGCGGGCGGGAAUCACGAUCAUCCAGAUCGACGAGGCCGCGCUGCGCGAGAAGCUCCCCCUGCACCGCUCCGAGUGGCAGACCUACCUGGACUGGUCCGUCGGCUCCUUCCGCAUCACCGCGUCGGGCGUGAAGGAUACCACGCAGAUCCACACCCACAUGUGCUACAGCCAGUUCAAUGACAUCAUGCCCGCCAUCGUGGCCAUGGACGCUGACGUCAUCAGCAUCGAGAGCAGCCGCUCCGACGAGCGCCUCCUGGCCGUGUUCCAUUCCGGGGGGGUCAAGUACCCCGCAGGAAUUGGCCCCGGAGUGUAUGACAUUCACUCCCCGCGCGUGCCGGACAAUGCGGAGAUCAGCGCGCGCGCGCGCAAGAUGCUGGAGGUCCUGGACGCUAACCAGCUGUGGGUUAACCCCGACUGCGGCCUCAAGACCCGCAAGUACGACGAGGUCGUGCCGGCGCUGGCCAGCAUGGUGACCGCUGCCAAGGAAGUGCGCGCCGAGCUGGCCGCGAAGAGCGCCUAAGGGUUUGCAUGGCGGUUUAGGCGCGGGCAGGAGCAGCCGCGAGCAGGGGAGUGGCAAGAAGAGCACCGAAAAGUUGAGGGAUUUGUGCACCGGAUGGAACGGCCGUGGGUUUGGUGGGAGAUGAAAGUGGGUGGCGAGAUGGGCGCAAAGAGCGCUGUGAGUUUGAGAAUCUAAGCGCAGGGAGGAGCAGCUGCGAGCCAAGAUUUAAAUGGCAAGAGUGCGUGUUUUGCGAUUAGGGUUUUGUGAUUUUCAGCCCGGUGAAGCGGCUCCGAGCGCAAUUUGAGAGCUUUUCGCACUAAGCGAGAUAGGGGUGCCGAGAUGGAAGGCCGGGUAGAGCGGCUGCGAAGCGGGGAGCGCGCUCUGCCUUCGGGCAUUUAGAUCUGGCAUGCCCGAGUAGGUUUGGCGUUUUCGAAGUCGGCAGGAGACAAGGACAGAGACAAUUGCAAUUAGGUUCCACUUUGCGAGAUGGUUGACAGCGAAUGAAAGGAUCUCAUCGUAGGAUGUUUGGAAGCCGAGAAGAACAAUGCUACCUAUGUGCAACGCCAUUGAGGAUCCAGACAUCUACAUAUAAGUUCGCUGUUACUUUUGUUAGAAGCUCGUACACUUCCCGUCAAAACAACCAUGCACUCCGCUAGUCUAUUUU